CCACACAGCGAUUUUAAUGUGGCUGUGUUGAACGUGGGCGCCCCUGCCGCCGGCAUGAACGCCGCCGUGCGCUCUGCUGUCAGAGUGGGCAUCUCCGAGGGACACAAAAUGUUCGCUGUCAGCGACGGAUUUGAAGGAUUCCGUAAGGGACAGAUAAGAGAGAUCAAAUGGGCAGAUGUAGGUGGAUGGACGGGUCAGGGUGGAUCCCUGCUGGGAACUAAACGAACGCUUCCUGCAAAGCACAUUGACAAAAUUGCAGAACAGAUGCGAAAGUAUAACAUAAAUGCACUGUUAGUGAUCGGAGGAUUUGAGGCCUUCCUGGGGAUCAUGGAGUUGUUAGCAGCCCGUGGGACUUAUGAUGAGUUGUGUGUGCCAAUGGUCAUGGUGCCGGCCACAGUCUCCAACAAUGUGCCCGGCUCAGAUCUCAGCAUUGGUGCAGACACGGCUCUGAACGCUAUCACUGAUGUAAGUGAGGCUGGAGGGCGCCACCCACCAGCCAAUCACAUCAGAGGCUCUGUCUUCUCUUUACAAGCCAAUCACAGAGGCUCUGCCUUAUGUUUACCAGCCAAUCAUGUCAGACUAGGCUACCAGCAGCAGCAGCAACUUAAAGCUGCGGUCACAUUUACCAUUGUUCAGGGAAUUUUCGCGGACGAAAUCCAGUCACAAUUGAGAAUUUCGCACGAGAGUGAAAGAUUGCGCAACAGAUUUCAUAUUCAAGUUCAAAUUGGCCAACAGAAAGAUACUUGGUUUGAA